AGCUUCCAGAUCAUUUCCACAUUAUGUCAGCGUCCCUCCCCUGGACUGCUGUUGGCUUUAGCUCUCCUGCAUAUAAUACCCAGACGCCUACCCGCCGCUGGAUCGUCGGCGCUGGUCGGCCUGGCGUAGCGCUGGGUAGGGGCUGCUGCUAGCGGGCACUUCGCCCUGUCAGCCGCUAACAGUAACCCAUUUACUUGCCCUGGCGACUGCAGCGCACCCGCCACUGUAAACCCAGCCACGCCAAAUUUGCACCAGCCACAAAACCUGUUUCGCUGGCUUGCCGUCUGCAGCUCUCACGUGCCAGCUUCAAGGUCCCCUGUGUAUCGUCACCCGCACCUCCACCUGCGCAAUUGCCCACGCAAGCUCCCGUCGCAAGAUUGGCAUCGCCUUAUAAACCUACGUUCAACUCGCUUUUGUCGCUCGAGACUAUCAAGUGCUUUAUUCUACCCAUAACACUAUCGAAAUCCAGCCUCGUUACCGAGUCUCGCACAAUCGCCCAUCAUGGUUUUCCUCAACCUGCUGACUUUCGGGCUCUGGUCAAAGCUAGGAAGAUUGACACACUAUGCUUUUGACGCCGUCCUCAUCUCGACCGUUCUGGCCGGCAUGAAGCGAUCAUCUGGCUUGCAGUUCAAGACCGAGAACAUCGGUGGUGAUAACAAGGAGGUCAAGAAGUGGGUGGACAAGUACCUGCACGUUGGUGAAUGGGUGAUGGACUACUCAGUUGCCAUCGCUGGCUCUAGCAGCUUCUUCGAGCGCAAAUAACCGCCCCUCGUUGGCAACGACACUCCGGCAAACGACAACUAGGACUGAGCUGGAAACACCUCCAGUAAUGCACAGUCGCCAACCACUGGGUUGGCAACUGCUGCUGUAUAUUUCUCGACAUGUACAAGAUGCCGCACCGGACGGCGCGUGAUGAGUCGCGUUUGCGGCACACUCACCCCUUGCUCUUCAUGUUUUUGACAUUAUUCUGGCGUUUAACUUGGGAUAUGCUCUGAGCGCAACGAUGCAAUUCAGUAAUCGAUAAAACACUCAACUAUUUACUUGAAUCAUAAAAGGAUUUUAUU